UCCACACCAAACGCAUCAUGAUGAUCCGCCACAAACGGGACAUUUCGAGCAGAACCCCGCUUCAGAAAACCUCUGAAAUAUCCGGACGCAGAGCUCUGAAGAGAAAAAUGCAUGAUCCACGAUGAACUGGGAUGUGGUGGUUCAUGUGUUUCUGUAAUACUCCUGUCAAAUAAUGGCUUGCCGGGCUGGAUGCUGCUGCACCGGCAUCGGUUCUCUAAACGAAGAUAAUGCCAGGUUUCUCAUGCUGGCUCUGCUGAUCAUCAUCUACCUGUUGUGUGGGGCAGCGGUGUUUUCGGCGCUCGAGCACCCGAAGGAGAAGCUCGCCAAGGAGCGAUGGGCUCAGAGGAUCGAGCAGUUCACCCUCAAGUACAACCUGAGUCAAGACGACCUGAAGAACUUCCUGAGGAACUAUGAGGAGGCCAAUGUGGCGGGAAUCCGCGUGGACGCCACCAGACCGAGAUGGGAUUUCGCGGGAGCGUUUUACUUCGUCGGAACUGUGGUUUCAACUAUCGGUUUUGGGAUGACGACGCCCGUCACUAUUGCUGGGAAGAUAUUCUUGAUCUUUUAUGGGCUUAUUGGUUGCGCAGCCACCAUUUUGUUCUUCAACCUCUUCCUGGAACGUGUCAUCACAGUGAUCGCAUUCGUUCUGAAGUUCUGCCACGAGCGCAGAGAACGUCGCAAAGCCGGCCCGGCUCAAAACUGCCAGCGUCCAUCCUCUGGCAGCAGAGAACGGCGCACGGACAGCUUGGCCGGUUGGAAACCCUCAGUGUACUGCGUCAUGCUCAUCUUAGGAGUCGCCGCCAUCGUGGUCUCCUGCUGCGCCUCCGCCAUGUAUUCGGCAGCCGAGGGUUGGGACUACCUGGACGCCCUCUAUUUCUGUUUCGUGGCUUUCAGCACCAUUGGUUUUGGGGAUAUGGUGAGCAACCAGCGUGAGAUGUACAAAGCCCAAGCGGCCUACAGGGUCGGCAACUUCCUUUUUAUCCUCACGGGGGUGUGUUGCAUCUACUCGCUGUUCAACGUCAUUUCCAUCGUGAUCAAGCAAGUGCUCAACUGGCUUCUGCGGAGACUGGAGACUCCCUGCCGCUGCCCAGGCCGAGGGAACCGCCAUCCACGGAGGAACGUGGUCGUCCCGGGCCACAUGAGAACCAGACGGGACAACUCCAUCGAGACUGACGCGGUCAAUGACAGCGAGGCGGAUGGACGGCGGAUGUCUGGAGAGAUGAUCUCCAUGAAGGACUUUCUGGCUGCUAAUAAAGUAAAUCUGGCUAUCAUGCAGAAGCAGCUGUCAGAGAUGGCCAACGGACAUCCUCGCCAGUUAGGGAGCAGCUCACGUCACAACGAGUUUUCCGGUGGGGUCGGAGCGCUGGGAAUCAUGAACAACCGACUGGCAGAGACAAGUGUAGAUAGAUAAAUCCAGCGUUUAGAAAUGUGAAAUAACCAGACGACCUCCACAGCAAAGUGUCAAAGUGUGACAACUUUUCAACAAAGGCAAGCAAAUACCAUAACUCUCAUCUUUUGGGUCUCAUUCACUAAUGAAUAAAUGCGCAAACAAGGUUAGCUUGGAAAAUGUUUGGUGGAUUGUCACACCAGGUGUGCACCAGGGUUGAACAUUAAUGAGGGCUUAUGGCAAAAAUGACCUACAGAUUUAAGAUAAAGGGGGCAAAAAAAUCCCCCUGCACAACUAAACAGUAUAUCACCGCUGUCGCGGUUAAAAUUAAACGUGAAUCAAUAAAAAAUGUCAAUUUGUGGAAUUACUUGCUUUUACGCUUUGUGCAGCGCUGAACCUUACAACCAAUCAAGCGCAUUUCUGUUGAACUUAAGAAUUUGAUUGCAUUGGCCAAUCAGAGGUGCUUGGAUUAGUCAGUGCUGAAAAUAAAAAUUGCCUUCACUAAUGUAAAAAAUGCCCUUAGAAAUCCGUUCCAGGGGGCAAAUAUUGCUCCUUAAUGGAAAAGUUAAUUUAAUAUGUACCAGGUUUAUUAUAGUUAACCUAAAAAAAA